AUGGCUGAUGUUGUUGGACAUCCUAACGCUCAUCGUAAUACUUCACAUAUUACCCGCAAUGGAGUACCCUAUAUGUCACGUUUUCGACAUUUCAGAUCAUCAAGUGCUCAUGUUGGAUCAGGACACAAGGAACAAAAUCUUACAUCGUUAGGCCAUCUACCUGGAGUGGGAAAUGUACAUAGCACUCAGAAACAUGAAAGUCGGAGAAAAGGUCAAGAUGACUGGAUGAGCCAUGGCCUACUUAGUAUUAACGAGAAGGAAACCAUGCAGAUUCUGAAUGACCGAUUGGCGUCCUACCUGGAGAAGGUUCACUCACUGGAACAAGCAAAUGCCGAGCUGGACAAGAACAUACGUGAUUGGACUGCAAGCAAUCAGCCUAGCUCCCUCCCUGACACCAGCCAAUACUUCUCAACUAUACAGGAACUCCAGGCUCAGAUUGCAACAUCUACCACUGGAAACGCUAAUAUUGCUCUUCAUAUAGACAAUGCUAAGUGGGCGUUGGAUGAUUUUAGAAACAAGUACGAGAUUGAGUUGAAGCUAAAGGCCAAUGUCGAGGAAGAUGUGAAUGGUCUGCGUCGAGCCUUGGGGGGAUUGAAGAUAGAGACAAGUGACCUAGAGGCCCAGGUCCAAAACCUGCAAGAAGAGCAUCAGGAAAUGAAAAAGAACCAUGAAGAGGAGGUGAACAAUUUAAAAGCCCAGCUGGGACAGAGGGUCAACGUAGAAGUGAAUGCCGCCCCAUCAAGGGACCUAAACACAACUUUGUCGGAAAUAAGACAACAAUAUGAAAACCUAAUGGAGAGAAAUCUAAAGGAAGUCGAGAGUAUGUUCCUUGCAAGGAGUGAAGAGCUGAAUCGUGAAGUGGCAUCUGGUGCCGAACAACUUCAAUCAGUACAAAUGGACGUCAUUGACUUGAAGCGCCGUAUACAGACCCUGGAAAUCGAGUUGCAAAGUCAGCUGAGCAUGAAAGCAACUCUGGAGAGCACUUUGGAGGAGACACAAUCCACCUACAGCUCUCAGCUCAACCUUCUUCAGGGAAUGAUCGACAAUGUGGAAGCUGAAUUGAAACGCAUCCGAUCUGAAAUGGAACGGCAAAACUCUGAAUACCGACGACUCAUGGACGAGAAGACCCACAUAGAGAAGGAGAUUGCCACCUACAAGGGUCUACUGGAGGGACAUGACACCAAGUGCGUAAAACAUCUAGCAUAG